ACGAGACGAAUGUCAACAAACAUUUUUGCAAUUCUCAGAGAAUUUCAAUUUAUGAAGAAGAAGCAGCGGAAAAUUUAUCAAACGUCCAGAAAGAAAUUCCAUUAUUGUUUUUUAAUUUUGCACUAUUUCAAAAUAAAAACAAGAAAUUAUCGACUUAAAGACAUACACGGUGGUGCCUCGAUUUACAUCGGGCAAAUGUAACUCGGAAUAAGAAGAUACAAGAGUUGAAAAGACAAAGAAGAAAGAUCAUCCUUCAAGAAUACCACUCUCGAUUCGAUUUAGGUGAUUUUGUGGUAGUGACCAAGUGACCAAACGUUGAAGAAAUUCUUCUAUUGCGGCAUUAUAGCAAAACAUUGAUUGCGACCAGAUUUUGUAAAGGAUAUCCUUGAUCUCUGGAACGAGAUACAUUUAGUUCGUCCAGCGUGGUGACGUUGGCUGGUGUUUAACCAUACAUUUCCCGAAAAACUAUUUACGCUAGUGUGGUUUUCUUGCUACGGACAGAGAAAAAAAAUACGUCGUUACGAAAGCGUUGACUGCGCUGUACCAAGCGUAUCAUACAGCGGCAAGCUAUGAGCGCCUCGAAAAAAUAUAAAUCGGAAAUAGCAACAGAGAUUUUACAUCAGCAGGAUACUGAGAAUAUAAAUAACUGUUUUCGUAAAGCAACCGAUUUAUUUGGCCCAUCGACUUCGGCAGCAGCGGCGGCAGCAGCAUCAUCAUCACCUUCGGUUAGUGGCCGUAUUGCCUUGGGACAGAGCACAAAUAUGCAACGUUCCGGCAAUAGUUCAAACGUAAAUAGCUCCAAUAAUGGAGCUAUUGGUACCAACGGGGAACGUCGUGCCAAUUUUUCCAUGUUGGAUGCGGCCCAUAUAAACGAUCAUCGUUCGUCAACAACUACCUCAGCAUAUUUCAAUAAAUUGGGAGCCCAUAAUACGACAAAGCCGGGCGAUGUAAAAAAAAUUGUUAUAAAAAAUUUUAAAGUUAAACCCACACUGCCCGAAAACUACUCGGAGAAAACAUGUCAGAAACUAGAAGAAGCUGUUGUGGCCAUUCAGUUGUCAAGGCCUAUUAAAUAUUCUCUGGAAGAACUUUACCAGGCGGUAGAAAAUAUGUGUAGUCAUAAAAUGGAUGCUCAACUCUAUACAAAAUUAAAAGAUUUGACCGAGGCCCAUGUUAAACGUAAUGUAGAGACGUUUACCGGUGGUAGUAUGGAUAAAUUGGUUUUCUUAAAGAAAAUCAAUGAUUGGUGGUUGUCAUAUUGCCAACAAAUGAUUAUGAUGCGUAGCAUAUUUCUAUAUUUAGAUCGUACAUAUGUUUUACAAAAUCCAACUGUACAGUCUAUAUGGGACAUGGGUUUGGACUUGUUUCGCACCCACAUAGCCCUCAAUAGCCUGGUACAAAAACGUACCGUUGAAGGUUUGCUAAUGCUCAUUGAAAAGGAACGCAAUGGUGAUGCUGUAGAUCGUGGCUUAUUAAAAAGUCUUAUACGCAUGCUAUGCGAUUUACAAAUCUAUAUAAGCGCCUUUGAGGAGAAAUUCUUAAUAGCCACUAGACAAUUGUAUCAGGCCGAGGGUCAACGAAAAAUGCAGGAACUGGAUGUACCCGAAUAUCUGCAACAUGUCGAUAAACGUUUGGCCGAAGAAAAUGAACGUUUGCUACACUAUUUGGAUUCGGGGACCAAACACCCUCUAAUAUAUACCGUUGAAAAGGAACUACUUGCCGAACAUUUAACGCAAAUCUUGCAAAAAGGUUUAGACACCCUCAUGGAGGAACACAGACUGAAUGAUUUAACACUAUUAUAUAGUUUAUUAAGUCGCGUCAAAAAUGGCACAGCCGAAUUAUGUGGCAAUUUUAAUGGUUAUAUCAAGAAAAAAGGUCGCACCAUUGUCAUUGAUCCGGAAAAGGAUAAGAAUAUGGUGCAGGACUUAUUGGAUUUCAAAGAUAAAAUGGAUGUGAUUGUGCGCACAUGUUUCGAACGUAAUGAGAAAUUUACAAAUUCAUUGCGUGAGGCGUUUGAAUUCUUUAUCAAUCAACGAGCCAACAAACCUGCUGAAUUGAUUGCCAAAUAUGUUGACAUGAAGUUACGUGCCGGCAACAAGGAAGCCACCGAAGAAGAAUUGGAACAAAUUUUAGACAAAAUAAUGGUCUUGUUCCGUUUUAUACAUGGCAAGGAUGUCUUUGAGGCAUUCUACAAGAAGGAUCUAUCGAAACGUUUGCUAAUGAGCAAAUCAGCCUCGGUGGAUGCGGAGAAAAGUAUGCUGUCCAAACUCAAACAAGAAUGUGGUGGUGGUUUUACAUCGAAGCUGGAAGGCAUGUUCAAGGAUAUGGAAUUAAGUCGUGAUAUAAAUAUUGCCUUCAAACAAUAUGUGGCCAAUAUGGAGGGCGAAUUUACCAACAUUGAUUUAACCGUUAAUAUUUUAACAAUGGGCUAUUGGCCCACAUAUCCCCUGACCGAGGUGAAUAUGCCACCUCAGUUGGUGAAUCCGCAACAGGUAUUCAAUAAAUUCUAUCUGGCCAAACACAGUGGACGAAAACUACAAUGGCAACCCACAUUAGGCCAUUGUGUACUCAAAGCAAGAUUCGAUGCAGGGCCCAAAGAGCUGAUGGUAUCUUUGUUUCAAGCACUGGUUUUGUUAUUGUUCAACGAUAGGGACACUCUUUCGUAUGAAGAAAUUUUGGCAGCCACAAAUAUUGAGAGUGGUGAAUUACGGCGCAUAUUACAAUCGUUGGCCUGUGGUCGUGCUCGUGUCAUAACAAAGGAACCAAAAGGCCGUGAAGUCGAAGAUAAGGAUCAGUUCCAUUAUAAUAAUGAAUUUGUCAACAAAUUAUUCCGCAUCAAAAUCAAUCAAAUUCAAAUGAAAGAGACGACGGAAGAGCAAAAAGCUACCGAGGAAAGAGUAUUCCAAGAUCGCCAGUAUCAAAUUGAUGCAGCUAUAGUUCGAAUUAUGAAAAUGCGUAAAACUUUGUCACAUAAUCUGCUUAUUACGGAACUGUUUAAUCAGUUAACGUUUCCUGUUAAGCCUGCUGAUCUUAAAAAGCGAAUUGAAUCACUUAUCGAUCGCGACUACAUGGAACGUGAUAAGGAUAAUCAAAAUCAAUAUAAUUAUGUGGCUUAAGUAAACGCAAAUAUAUAUAUAUUUUUGGGCGACAUUUUCGUCGCCAUCAUUGUCCCCCUCAAAAACAUAACAGGAAGCAACAACAACAACAACAAGAACAAUUUUUGAAUAACUUUCUCUAAACAAUAACAGCAAAAAGUGAAUGUAAACUACGAAAUCUAGAAAGAAACAAUACAAAAUGUUAAUUAUUAAAAGAAAAGCAAAGCAAAACAAAACAAAAAUUCAAAACGAUCGAAAAAUUGUAUGUUCUGAAAAUAAGACAAGAACAAGAAAGAAAGAACGAACGAAAGAAAAAUACAUACGGCUUUCAUAAAAUCCAUUAUUUUACUUCAAUUGUUUAUUCAAACCUCUAAGGAAUUUUUCUAUCCAAAGAUUGCAAAUAAAUAUUACGAAAACCAUCUGUACACAAAA